AUGUUCUCAGUUCCUCUGAUUGUUGUCUUUAUUUUAAUCGCCUGUUAGUCUGUCGUAUACAUUGACUGUGUAAGAGCUUGUUUAACUGCUUGGAGCAAAGGAGAGAGAACACUACACACAAGGCUGUCAGGAGAUCUUCUACAGGGACACGGACACUGAAGUCAGUCUAUUUGUCACAAAACCCUUUUUAAAAAUGAGUUCCUCUGACAUUACCAAUUCAAUUAAAUAAAAUGCGCGGCGACGUAUUUUUUUAUCAGCCAAUUAAUUAACUGAGUGAACAUUAUGGGACGUGUGUGUGUGGUUUGUGGUUACAGUCCUUAAUGGUGUCAAUUCUGUUAACUUGUAUUGCCUGCUUUCAUCUUGCAAAAUUAUUUACUAAUCAAUGUAGCUUUCUGUCGAUUACAAAAUAUGAACUUUGUAUCGAGCUUUGUUUGCUUAAGAAAAUCCAACCAGAGAAAGGCCCGCCUUUGUGAAUUGCAUUCGCUUGCUACACACUCCACCCCCAGAAACUUUUCAAACAUACGAGUAGCCUAUUCACCAGUUAUGUCCAGCUGCUUUCACAGUAAACGGGCGUCCUCGAUAUCAUAACCGUAAACUCCUGGGGUCGACCUGAAAUGGACUUACAGAUUCAGAAUCUUAGGGACGAGAAGUCUUCGGUAGAAGAUGCGUUUCGGCAAACUGUUGCCGAGAUGGGGGGCAAGGAGAGAAUUCAUCUCGUGAGCAGCGUCUUCCAACCAGAAGACGUAAACCAACUAAAUGUUUUCGAGGAACUUGUAAAAGACUUGUUCUAUGACACGAUUCCUCUACGCCGAAGCAGAGCCGCCACAAGCAAAGAGAAACCCACGGAAUAUAAUAAGUGCAAUGGGAAAAAAGGGAACAUUGCAGCACGCGACAUGAAAACCUGCUGCGACUCCAGUGAGAAUUCAGUGCAAGUUCAGACAGCAGAGAACAGAGAAGUGCCAGGACAAAACGUGCAUCACAUACAAACUGAUGCAAGGCUAAAACCUGCGCAAGCCACCAUUGAUUCUCAAAUGAUAAUAUUUAUUUUCAAGCGCGAAUUUGUAAAUUGCUGCGAAAACCAUGCGUGUUUAAAAGAAAUAUUGAAAGAUGUGAGAGCUCGCACAAAACUAGCCAGUAUCCGACCUGCUCUGCUUGGCUUGGUGCGCACUACUGUCGAAAACGAAGAAAGCGAACUGUCAGUAGUUAUGUUGGAGUCCCUGAUGCGCUCUGUAUUCAAAAAACAUCCUACGGAGUCAAUAUGGGUUGGACAGUUCGUGCCGAACAAGGCGAACAGAAAUGUUACAAUAAAGAAGAAUGCUUGCAGAACUCUCCAAACAUCGCUUAAUUCAGAAUGUAUUGAUAACAGUCACAACCUGCCCUUGAUGCAAAAGUGUUUCCCAUGGACACCCAGAAAAAAGAUGAACUCAGCCAAGAUCUCCUCAAGCUACAGGCAUCAAGGUCUUCCAGAGAGUGUUGAAGGACUUCCCCUGAAGACAAGCUGCAUGACUGAUGAACAGUGCAAAGAAGACCAAUUGGAACCAGACUUUGGAGUCAGCAGUCUGGAUGGUAAUGCAGAACAGUCUCCGGGGCAACCUGUGACCUAGUGGAGUGGUCACUGCUGGCACCUCUUCAAAAUGUCAAAACUUUGAGGAUUUGGGGGAGGGGUCGGCGGGGGGGUUGGGGGGGAAACGAAAGUUUAGUUGUGGCUUGUGUCAGUUAACAAAUAAGACUGGCAAAAUAUUAAACUGGAGUCAUUUUCCAAAAAUGAAACAUGAAAAAUAUUGUUGAAUAAAGUAUAUUUAGUUGUAUUAAUUAUUAAUUAUAACAUGUAACAUAAUUGGACGAUAAUUUAGGAAAUAUUUUGCAACCUUAAUUGAGCAAGAGAUUGGCUGUUACAAAAACCAGAGUACCCAGGGGUUCCCUGCACUAAAGUAGUGUUUCUCAGCUCCAGUCCUGGGGCCUAUGCUGUUUAUACUGGUUUUUGUUUCAACUAUAAUGCAAACUGUGUAUUGUAAUGAGCUGUUAAAUGUUCUUAAUUAGUACUUUUACAGUCUACUGACAAGUUAUUUACCUGCUUAAAGCCAGAUUAUGCCAGAAUAGCUAUGAUGCCCUAAAAAAUAAAUGGUGUAUGUUCACAUGA